UACUUCUAUGAGUUCCUGUCUUUGCGCUCUUUGGAUAAAGGCAUAAUGGCAGAUCCAACUAUAAAUAUCCCUCUGCUUGGAACAGUUCCUCAUAAAGCAUCAGUCGUUCAGGUUGGAUUUCCUUGCCUUGGAAAACAAGAUGGGGUUGCUGCGUUUGAAGUGAAUGUGAUCAUAAUGAAUUCAGAAGGCAAUAUUAUUCUCCAGACCCCUCAGAACGCCAUCUUCUUUAAAACCUGUCAGCAAGCGGAAUGUCCAGGAGGAUGCAGAAACGGAGGGUUUUGCAACGAAAGACAUGUCUGUGAAUGUCCAGAUGGAUUUUACGGGCCUCACUGUGAGAAAGCACUAUGUGCUCCUCGCUGCAUGAACGGUGGGCUCUGCAUUACACCCGGCCUCUGCAUCUGCCCCCCGGGGUUCUACGGCAUCAACUGUGACAAAGCAAACUGUACGACAACCUGUUUCAACGGAGGAACGUGUUUCUAUCUGGGAAAAUGCAUUUGUCCUUCGGGCUAUGAAGGAGACCAAUGUGAAAUUAGUAAAUGCCAUCAGCCCUGUCGAAACGGAGGCAAAUGUACUGGUAAGAAUAAAUGCAAGUGCUCCAAAGGCUACCAGGGAGACCUGUGUUCAAAGCCUGUCUGCGAACCCGGCUGUGGCCUGUAUGGCACCUGUGCGGAGCCCAACAAAUGCCAGUGCAAAGAAGGCUGGCACGGGAGACACUGCAAUAAAAGGUACGGAGCCAGCAGUCUGAGUGCCCUGAGGCCAUCAGGCAGCAAGCACAGGCAGCACACGCCUUCGCCAAAAAGGCCCGAGGAGAGGCAUGUUCCACCUGAAUCCAAUUAUAUCUGGUGAACUCCAACAUCUGAAACGGUUCGUGCUAACACAAAGUUCAUAGUCUUCAUUAACCUCUCAUGGAUUGAAUGUUAAAACGCUGUUCAUUGCAGUUAAGAUUACCAGCUGGAAUUUUAUUAGCUUCAUUAUAAACCACUGAGCUGAUAUUUACUAUUCCUUUUAAGUUUUAUAAAUACUUCUAUAGCAUGAUUAUAUAGGCUUCUUCUUUCAGUGCUUUCGAUGGUGUUUUGUACUAUACUUCAGUUAUGUUUAAACUUCCUUUUUUGAUUAUAUAGCUGCAAAUAUUUUCCAAAAACUGAGUAACAAUAUUCAAGCAGAAAACCUAAUGCUAACCUGAAUCAUUUCAAUGACUACAGAUUUAAUUUGCCUAAGACAAAGGAAAGGUGCAUGUUACAUUUUUGCUAUUGUAUAUUUAGACUUUUCCCUAAGAAAAAUAAAUAAAAUAAAUAAGUUGCCUAAUUUAAAAACUGAAUAACUCAAUUCAAUGUUAUUUUUGGCCUUACAGUUUUGCAAAAAGUACUGUGUAUUAAAAAUACACUGCAGCGGUGCCAUUUAACCAACGUAAUAUAUUGUAAACAAAGUAGAACUAUAAUGUAUGAACUUUCUGCAUCGGCUUGAAGCAAUAUAAUAUAUUGUAAACAAAACAGCUCUUAUGUAAUAAACUUUUUUAUACUGACGUUUAUGUAUAAAAUAAAGAUGCUGCUUUAGUUUUUCGA